UUUGUUUCACUGACAGUUAAAAACUAAGAAAUUUACACGUUUAUUUAUUAUCGUAUAACUAUCAUUUUCCUUAAGGAAUAGGAAAUCUUAAUAAAAAUCAUGACUGUUGGACAGACGGCAAUAAAUUUACCAUGGGUAGAAAAGUAUCGACCAUCAAGAUUAGACGAUUUGGUUUCGCAUGAUGAUAUUGUAAAAACUAUUAAUCAGUUUAUGAAAGAAAACCAACUACCUCAUUUAUUGUUCUAUGGCCCUCCAGGCACAGGAAAGACAUCUACAAUAUUAGCUUGUGCAAAACAGAUGUACACACCCCAACAAUUUAAUUCAAUGGUUUUAGAAUUAAAUGCUUCUGAUGAUCGAGGUAUUGGAAUAGUAAGAGGUCAAAUAUUAAGCUUUGCUUCAACAAGAACAAUCUUUAAAGCAGGACCCAAGCUUAUAAUUCUUGACGAAGCUGAUGCCAUGACCAAUGAUGCUCAAAAUGCUUUGAGAAGAAUUAUCGAGAAGUACACGGAAAAUGUGAGAUUUUGCAUAAUUUGCAAUUACUUGGGUAAAAUAAUACCAGCGCUACAGUCGCGAUGCACACGUUUUCGUUUCGCACCUCUCCAGCAGAAUCAGAUAGUCCCUCGAUUACAGGAAAUUGUUGAAAAAGAGGGGGUAAAAAUUUCAGAGGACGGCAUAAAGGCGUUAUUGACACUCUCAGGUGGGGAUAUGCGAAAAGUACUAAACACAUUACAAAGCACUUGGCUAGCGUAUCGUGACGUCACGGAGGAUAAUGUCUACACUUGUGUUGGUCAUCCUCUCCGUUCGGACAUAAAUAGCAUACUGAAUUGGCUACUUAAUGAGAAUGAUUUCGCUACCUCAUUUCAACAUAUCCAGGAUUUGAAAAUAGCUAAAGGUUUAGCGCUGGGCGAUAUAUUAACGGAGAUACACACCAUAAUUACAAGAUUAAAACUACCCCCGGAGCUGUUCAUAUCCUUGUUAAUAAAGAUGGCAGACUCGGAAGCCCGUCUUGCGAGCGGGUGUAGUGAGCGAAUAGAACUGGCAGCUCUUAUCGCUGCUUUUGCGCAGGCCAGAGAACAAGUCAAUAUAAACGACUUACUCUAAACAGGGCCACAAACAGACCCAAGGUUGAGAAGUGAAGGAUCGAGAAUCAGUCGCUGUGUUAAUAUUAAGAUUUGCAUUAAAAUUAGUUUUUUGAUAAUA